UUGGCUGCAAUAUGUAUCAUGUCAAAGUAGUGUCCCGUGUAAAGGGGUCGACAAAAAAAGAUAAGUUAUUACGUUUGUUUUCAACCUAAUUUUGUAAUCGCUGGAAAAUUAUUAAGAACGAAUAGUCUACUGCAGGGGAUGUCAUAUAUAGUAACAUAACUUUUGAGGAGGAAGUGUCUCGAUUUGUGUAAUUUUUUAAUCUGUAAAUUACAAAGCAGAGUUGGGCCAUUGUUGUCACUGCAAGGUCACCCCUGUACAAUCUAACCUUACCUGUCAUACUAAUGGAAAUUAUUUUUCUCUUCUGAGUUGCACAGAAUCUGUUUGAAAAGUACUUUUAAGAUGAGUGAUAGUGAAAAUGUAAAGCAGUUGAACUGUUUAAUAUGUAAUGUUGAAGUUUCAGUCAAUGCAAGCUAUAGUAUAUUUUAUACAGUCAUUCCCCACAGUGGCACUUUACUUGCAAAUUCUAUUCAGAAAGUGAUACGCAGAACUGUAGAGCAGUCCUCAAUACCUAGUACUUUUAUUUGUACAAAAUGUUUUGCAUUAUUUGAAGAAUUAGAUUACUCAGAGGAAAAGUGCAUUAAGUUAAAGAAAGAUAUCUUAACAUGUUUUGCCAAAAGUUGUCAUGAAAAUGGAUAUGAUUUGGAGGAUGUUCAAGGUAUAGGAUGUCAAACUGAAGAUCAACAAAACAAUGAAUCUGUAGACUGCAUAAGUGCACUGAAAGUUGAGAAGUGUGAAUUCACAGGAAAUGAAUCAGAAGGAAAAAAUACUUCACAGUCAUUGAACAGUGAAGAUGAGUCAAAAUACAAUGACACAAGUGCAUCUGUAAAUAAAGAUGUCAGUAAAUCUAGCAGUAAUAGUAAUAAAGAUCGCAGUAAAAGAAAAGGUAAUCCUCGGAAGAAGGCCCAAAAUACAAAACCACCAGUAAAUGUAGCAGAAAAUAACAAAAUUAGUACCUCUGCAUCAGGAAAACAGUUUGAAAUAAAGACCAAGGAUGCAAGAAGAAGGCGGCGAUAUGUUCAUCCUUGUAGACUCUGUGGUCGUCUCUUCCGCCGUCCCUGUGAAGUGAAACAGCAUCUCUUAUCACAUGGUGGUGCAAAACCGUAUCAAUGCAGAGACUGUGGCAAGCGAUUUGGAUCAAAAUCUGGUGCAGGAAUUCAUGCAUUAAAACAACACGGAAAAGAUGUCUCUGUUGAAAAUAUAAUAGAUGUGUGUCACAUCCCUUUAGAAAGUGUGGCAGUAUCAUUGAACCAGGCUACUUUAAAAGAGGUGGCCUGUCAUAUAAAAGGAAGUAGUGAUAAAACUGAAGGUGAUCCUGGUGGUAGUCAGUCAGACAGCAGUAGUACAAGUGAUGAUGAUUUUGAAUGGAAGAUGGAUGAGGAUAUAUUUGAUAUGGAAAAUGAAGAGAAGGAGGUUAAAGAGGAGGAGGUAGACAAUGAAGAAAUGCAUCCUUCUACAGAAACUGAAAAGGAAGACUCAAAUGAAAAUGUUAAAAAAGGGGAGACAAACCCUGAAAGUGAUGGCAUUGAACAUGAAAUUAAAGACCGUGUACCAUGUGUAAAAGCAGAACCAAAAACUUCUCGUCCUAAACCAAUAAAGAGAAAGACUGAAAGUAUUGACAGGAAGAAAAGUAGCCGUGUAGGUGCUAAGGAGAAGAAACCAAAGAAGAGAGACCCUUUUCCAAAGCCACCGAAACAUGAGUGUACAAUCUGUGGAAAAAUGUGGAGAACAAUGAGUGAAUUCAAGUCGCAUGUGGCAACACACAGUGAUGAAAGACCAUUCAUCUGUGAGAUCUGUGGACAAGCAUACAAGCACAAAGCUGCCCUGGAUAUCCAUGUUGGCAUGCAUAAUGGUAUCAAUCCCUUCAGUUGCCCUUUCUGCAAUAAGGCAUUUACUCAGAAAGGAGCACUACAGAGACAUCUGCCGAUUCAUACUGGGGAGGCACCAUUUCAGUGUGAACUAUGUGGCAAGCGUUUUGUUCAUCACACAAGUUUCAACAUGCAUACAUUGGCACAUACUGGUCAGAAGAGUUACAAGUGUAAGGUGUGUGGGUUGGCACUUUUGUCAGGCUCACAUCUUAAGCGCCAUUCCCGUGUCCACACAGGAGAACGCCCUUAUCAGUGCCAGACAUGUGGAAAAAGAUUUGCUGAACGUUACAACUUGGUUGCACACAAUCGCAUCCAUGAUCCAUUGGGAGCCAAUGCCAGGGAAGGUAGCUUUAAGAAAAUUCACAGAUGCCAACUCUGUGGCGCAGGUUUUGAUCGUAAACCAAAACUUGAAGAUCAUCUUGCAUUAAGCCAUAACAAGAUCAGUGAUUCUGAUGAUAGCCGUAAAUGGGUUGGCCAUCUCAUUACCAAUGAACUGAAUCAGCAACCACCAUCUUCAUCAAAUUCUUCAAUGAGCACUGGUCAGCUGUCUCUCCAUCAGCCACAUCCACCCCUACCAACUGAUGUCUCUCGACGAAGAGGCACCAGUGAUGGACACCUUCUCCUUCAGUCACACCUCCAUGGUUCAGAAAGUGACAGCAAACCACUUGGCAACACUGCUCCUCACCAUCAUCCAUUGACUGCUUUAAGAGCAGAAACCAAUCAACAUCAACAGAGCUGGCAUCAUAUGAUCUUUGGAGGGAAGGUCAUGGAUAGUGAUAUGAUUGAGACUUCUGGAAUGGAAAGUAAUACUGCAAAAAUGGUCCCCAUUUCAGCAGUUUUGGAAAAUCAGCAUCGUCUCUUGUCAGAUAUGACUACUUUGGGAGGUGGGCUUGGCCCAGGACAGAGUGCGGGUAGAAACCUUCUGCCUUCAUGUUUAACCGGAGGUCACUCAUCACUCCCCCAACCUGGUAAUCAACCCACACAUCACAUUCCAAAUAUACCAAACCCUCAUUCAUCCCUGACACCACGUGUUAAUAUGUUCCCUUCUGACAAUAACUAAGAACAAUUGAAAGUAGAGUAGCUUCUUACAAAAUGGCAGCAGAUCCAGCACAAGGUCUGUAUAUCAAUUUGCACUUUUUAUGCAUUUAUAACAUUAUACAGCCUCAUAAAAUUGUCUCCUUCUCAAGUUAAAGAGUUUCACUUGCUUUAAUAAUGGGUUGUCUAUUUUUCAGUGAAGUUUUGUUGGUGGGAAAUUAGAGAUAAUAACAGUUACUAGUGACUGAUGUUAAUGGAUUGUACAUAAAUGAGAUUUAGAGAGAAUUUUAUUACAGCUUAUUUUUAUGUACUAUUCUGGCAGUUGCCUAUAGAAACAAAAGAAAGCCAUAAUGAAAUUUAUUACUGCUAGUCUUCGGAUAACUUAAACCUGUUCCUGAAAACUAAUACACAGUAGUUUGCAGUUAAGUUACAUGCAUGUAGCAUAUUAUUGUGGCACUCUAUUUAUUUUCUGGACACAAUAUAAAAUUCUAAAAAUUGUUAAGUUUCAAUGACUUCCUCUCUCUCUCUCCCUCUCUCUGCUCACAUGUAACCCUAUGAAUAAAGAUUAGCUGUGUCUAGUGAGCCCUAUAGAAUAUGCUACUCUUUGUUUAUGUUAUAAUGCAGAAUGUAUUGAGUCAUUAUACUGGUCCGUGCUUGAGCUUGCCACAUACAGACCUAUCCAGCUCAGAGAACAUGUUUUGUUGAAGUUGGUCUAAUGUCUGUUGAGAACACUAGAAUGAUGAAACAUGAUCAAAGAAAGUUAUAUCAUAAUGCUCAGAACAUCAAAAUUAAUGUUCAUUGUGCAAAAAGUUAUGUAAAAAGAGCAAAGUAAUAUAUUGUCACGUGUUGGGUGUAUAACGCGACAAAUAACUUCACGCCUUAUCUGAUAUAACGAAUUAUUGCACAUUCGCGCCUACAAUUACACAGUUUACAAUCUCAACAUUACUGCCAUCGGCAGUAUCACAAAUACUAGACUGCAAAUGCUGGUUGACUUCCUGGCUAACUCGUGACUAACUCGUAACUUGAGUACUUUCGAACUAACUGUGAAUAGUCUUCGCUGCUCCUUAUUUAGCCUCGUUCCAGACAACACAGAAAACAGCCACGUAAUAGGCACCACUGUUGUCUGCCGCCGUGUUUGCCUGUUAUGUAAUGGGUACCGUUGUUAUUACCAUCGUCUCUCGCAACCACUGUUUACCCACUUUGCUUAGCAACCACUGUUUACUCGCGUUGCAUA